AAUUGUUCCCAUAAAUCUGGUAACAGAGAAAACUUUCCAGCUGAACGCCGAUAAGACUUCACACUAUUCAAAAUUCUCUAUAUAUUGUGAUCAGCACAACAGUGAAGGAGGAGACUUGAAAAGAAUAUUGGAGAAUGUGGUCAACUAUCAAAUUCUGUUACUCUAACUGACCACCUCGAAGAAAGUGACCUCACGUUUGGCUGUCCACUUUUUCCCUUCUUCUUGAUCCUGUAAAACUUCAGACUUCCUUGCCUUCCAGAGUCAUGGAGAAGGUCCAAUACCUCACUCGCUCUGCUAUAAGAAGAGCUUCAACAAUUGAAGUGCCUCAACAAGCACGCCAAAAUCUCCAGAACCUGUUUAUCAACUUCUGUCUCAUCUUAAUAUGUCUCUUGUUGAUCUGCAUCAUCGUGAUGCUUCUCUGAAGCUCUGCUGCAACCUCCAGUGUUGCAACUGAUCACCAUCAGCUUAACAGGUGUCAUCCCAUGGAGAGGGAAAAACAGACCACUCCCUACGUAAAAGAAGUUUUGUGAAAAGGUCAAGAUUCAGAAGAAGUUAUUAGCGAAUGUAUUCACCUGCUGGAUCUUGUAACCGUGAAAAGGGCUCUAUUUUCAAAAUUAACUUUAAAACAACUAUAAAUAGUGUGUCCAAUGUAACUGUUGGGUUUCUGCAACAGAGCUUGUAAGUUUCAAUCCCAAAUCUUUUCUGAGGAUGAACUAGGAGUUUAGUUUUGAAACUGUACUGCUAAUAAGUUCACGUCAUAUAUAAAGCAUUAGCUUCACUAUUGGCAGUAAAUAUAAUUUAUAUUGUACUGUAAAAGCCUCUUUGAUGUUUAUUAAGUAUUUUUCAGGUCUUCACAAGUACCAAAAUAAUCAUUCAAGUGUCAUUAUUUGAAAUAAGCCCACUGAUUCCUCAUGUUAUCUUUAUUAUUAUUUUACAGACAUCUUUGUAGUAGUAACUAUCGUAACCUCCAUUCUAAAAUAGAAAUUGCAUUCUCUUUCUAUACUUACCCUAACAUUUUUUGAAGUUUAUGAGAAUCAAGUAGGAAAAAGUAAGGCUAUAUUCUUACAUAAAUAACUUCUCAUAAUUACUUUUUUCAAAGAAUUACAGGAUUCUAGUACAUGUAGAUAACCAUCUCCCUCCCAUAGGACAGUAUGAUUGCUCAAUAGAGAAGAAAUGUUGGUUACUUUACCUGCUGACAAUGUAAUUAGCCAUAACUAUGAAUAUGCUAAUAGAAUAGAAUCUAACUUUAAUUUACGGCACUGUAGUUGAUUAUCUGAGCUAGAAUACAUAAUUGGCCAUACUGUAUCUUUGCAAUCAUGAAAUCUUACGACUUUAGAUUUGAUAGGUUGUCUUCUAUUCUAGUGUCAUACUCAAUGCCUCAAGAAGAGGAGGAAAGAACAGUAUUUCCAGCAUUAAAAGUAAAAUUUCAAAUUCUCUCUCCAAAUUAACUUAUUCAUUGAUUAUAUUUUGAAAUGAAUUUUUUGUCUUACUACUGUAUAUGACAGGAUAGAGCUCUUUUCCUUAAUCUCAUCAACCAGAUAGUAAACACAAGGGGGAACCCCCAAAACUCUGGAAUUUAUUUAUAAAAAAUUGUGUAGUUAUUCUUACAUGUUUAAACUUCAUUCACCUUCAAAGUACUCUCCAUUUGAUGCACUACGCCUAUGCAGACAUUUUUCCACUUCUCAGAAAUGGAGCCAAUAGGCUGAGUUGGAUUUUCAAGGGAUAUAUAUAGAAAAGGGAGAAAAUUAAAUUUGAACUCGUCAAUUUUUAA